CCGUCCUCCUGGGGCCGGCGCUGACCAUGCCCAGCGGCUGCCGCUGCCUACAUCUCGUGUGCCUGUUGUGCAUCCUGGGGGCACCCGUUCAGCCUGCCCGAGCCGAUGACUGCAGCUCCCACUGUGACUUGGCCCACGGCUGCUGCGCGCCUGACGGCUCCUGCAGGUGUGACCCAGGCUGGGAGGGGCUGCACUGUGAGCGCUGUGUGAGGAUGCCUGGCUGCCAGCACGGUACCUGCCACCAGCCCUGGCAGUGCAUCUGUCACAGUGGCUGGGCGGGCAAAUUCUGUGACAAAGACGAGCACAUCUGUACCACGCAGACCCCCUGCCGGAAUGGAGGCCAGUGUGUCUAUGAUGGGGGCGGCGAGUACCACUGUGUGUGCCCACCAGGCUUCCAUGGGCAUGACUGUGAGCGCAAGGCUGGACCCUGUGAACAGGCAGGCUCUCCAUGCCGGAACGGUGGGCAGUGCCAGGACGACCAGGGCUUUGCCCUCAACUUCACCUGCCGCUGUUUGGCCGGCUUCGUGGGUGCCCGCUGUGAGGUCAAUGUAGACGACUGUCUGAUGAGGCCUUGUGCCAAUGGCGCCACCUGCCUGGACGGCAUAAACCGCUUCUCCUGCCUCUGCCCUGAGGGCUUUGCUGGACGUUUCUGCACCAUCAACCUGGAUGACUGUGCCAGCCGCCCAUGCCAGAGAGGGGCCCGCUGUCGGGACCGUGUCCAUGACUUUGACUGUCUCUGCCCCAGUGGCUAUGGCGGCAAGACUUGUGAGCUCAUCUUACCAGUCCCAGAUCCUGCCACCACAGUGGACAUAUCCCUGGGGCCCACCUCAGCUGUGGCGGUACCUGCCACGGGGCCUGUCCCCUACAGUGUGGGGGCAGGUCUGCUGCGCAUCUCAGUGAAGGAGGUGGUGCGGAGGCAAGAGGCUGGGCUAGGUGCAGCUAGCCUGGUGGCCGUGGUGGUAUUUGGGGCCCUCACUGCUGCUCUGGUCCUGUCCACAAUGUUGCUGACCCUGAGGGCCUGGCGCCGGGGUGUCUGCCCCCCUGGACCCUGCUGCUUCCCUGCCCCACACUAUGCUCCAGCACGCCAGGAUCAAGAGUGUCAGGUUAGCAUGCUGCCAGCAGGGCUCUCCCUGUCUCCUGACUUGCCCCCUGAGCCUGGAAAGACCACAGCACUGUGAUGGAGGUGGGGGCUUUCCGGCCCCCACCUUCACCUCCUUGGCUUCUCAGACUGGAGUAGCCCUUUCUCGCCACCCCUCUCCUGGGGUACACACACUGAGGGACCUCAGCCUCACACCAGAAAUAUUAUUUUUUUAAUACAUAGACUGUAAGAUGGAAAUUUUAUCAAAUAAAACUCUGAAAGUGCAUGUGGGCUCCU